AUGUAUUCACGUACUAGAUACUUUACAUAUGCCUCCAAACAUAUAAAUACAACGACGCGUCCCUUCUCCUCACAGCCUGGGCGGAGCCCUUUUCAAGUCACCCCUUCCCAAGGCCCUUUGAUACCCCAAAAUGAAAUCGUGGACGAGGAGUCAUGUCCAGGCUACAAUGCUAAAGGCUUCUACCCCGCGAGGGUAGGAGAGGUCAUUGCCAAUCGCUAUCAGAUCCUCGUCAAGGUUGGCUGGGGAACUUCCUCCACCGUAUGGUUUGCGCGUGAUAUGCGGGGACUGCAGUCGGAACCAGAGGAAGCCGUAGCAUUGAAAAUAUCCAACGCCAGCAGUCAGGCGGAUAUAAAUCGGCACCGUGAAAUUGAGCAGCAUAUAGCAACAGCACGCCGGUCUCAUGACGGUCGUGAGAUUCUACGAACGUUCUUGGAAUGUUUUGAAACCACUGGACCCGAAGGGGGGAAACAUCUCUGCAUGGCGUACGAACCCAUGAGGGAGCCGUUCUGGUUGUUUCGGACGCGGUUCAGAGAUAGGCUUAUUCCGCUACCGCUCCUCAAGACAUAUAUUCGCAUCCUGCUUGUAGGACUGGAUUACCUUCACACGGAAUGCAAGGUUGUGCAUACGGAUCUAAAACUCGACAAUAUCAUGCUCACAUUCGAAGACCCGGAAAUUCUUGGUGAUAUCCUAAGCUCUCACAUCGAGGAGUCACCAAUGAAAUACAAAAUAUCCCCCAGCGACCCCAGCCGCCAUGUCUAUCGCUGUCACAAUGACUUCGGACCACUGAGGGGACUGAAGAGCAUACCCCAGAUCGCUGAUUUCGGACUAGCAGCCCGACUCGUCCGCGACGAUGAUUACGGCUUCUACCCUAUCCAGGCAGACCCUUAUUGCGCGCCAGAGGUAAUACUCGGCUGCGGCUGGAGGAUGAGUGCUGAUAUAUGGAAUUUCGGGCUUCUUUUGUGGGAUAUCAUCGAAGGCAAAGAACUCUUCCGCCAGAUUGGCGACAGCGAAGACCGCUACGAUGCCAGAGCGCAUUUAGCCGAAAUGAUAGCUCUUCUUGGACCGCCUCCGCAAAAUUUGAUCGCAAGAUAUCAUUCCAUGCGAGAUUCCAAAUUGGCGGGACCUAGUGUAAAGGGGGCAGGCAGCGAACUCUGCAAGGACGCAGGGGAAUUCUAUGGUGGCCCGUUUUUUGGUAAAGAUGGGAAAUUUCUGUAUGAAGGCUUGAUCCCGGAUCGAAGGCUCGUGGAUUCCAUCCCGACUCAAUUGGUAGAGGAGGAGGAUAGGGAAAACUUCCUCUCUCUUGUGAAGAUGAUGCUUGCUUGGUUGCCUGAGGAGAGGAAGACGGCACGAGAGCUCGCGGAGCAUCCUUUUCUUCAACUGGAAUGA